AUGCUCAGCACUCGUCAACUAGCUACCAUCGUGUCGUAUACAGCACUAGCAUUGCUUUCGACGUCGAUCAGUCUCGCCAGCGCUGAAGAUCUCUGCUCUAUCGUGCCGUACUCGUACACGGGUGCCAAGUCAACUCAUCCAGAGCUAAAGACCGCCAUCGAGACGCUCGAGGACUAUGCCAUCGCCUCCUGGUUCACCGACCGUCAGACCUCGCAAGAGCGAUUGGAUCUGAUGACCGGGUUGCUAAGCCAGUGCUCGGUCGACAAACGCCUUAGCAUCGUAGUGUAUGGCAUUCCCAACAAAGACUGUGCUGCGGGCUUGUCAUCAGGAGGUAGUGUGACGAGCGCAAGCGAUUAUCAAGCGUUUCUGAAAGAGCUCACGGAUGCCGUGGGCGACCGCAAAGUACUGUACGUGGUGGAGCCGGAUGCACUGGGUCUGCUAACUCAAGACGGAGGCUGCGGUGCAAACGCCGGAUACCUCGAAAACCUCAAAGUUGCCGUGUCGACUCUGUCGGCAAACGCCAAUGCUGAACUCUACGUCGACAUUGGCUACUGGAUGCUGGCAAACGAGCACAGCGCGGGCAAAGUGGCCUCUGGUAUGAAAGAGAUUGCUGGCUCGGGUCGUGUGAAGGGUGUGACCAUCAACACGUCCAACUACCGGUCGAACGACGAGUGUUCUACCUACUGCAGCAACUUUCAGACAGCCAUGGGCUCCAGUGACAUGACCUGCAUCGUGGACACGUCUCGCAACUACAAUGGAUCGCCCACCUCGGACUGGUGCAACGUGCCUAUCGCGGGUAUCGGCAAGCCGCCUACGUCCGAGACUGGCGUCUCAAACCUGGACUACUUCAUGUGGAUUAAACCGCCUGGCGAGAGCGAUGGCGAGUGUACAACUGGUGGCUCGUCGGCCGGUUCCUUCUACUUGGAAGGCUUCACGCUGCUCUGGGAUCAAGGAUACUUUGUGCGUGAGCAGGGUAUGCCAAAGAUUGGCGAUGGCUCCUUCAAUGCUGUUCAGGCACCCACGACAUCGAGUGGCAGCAGUAGCAAUCAAGACACUUCCGACCAGACGACCGUAUCGGGCGAAGAAACGCCAACUUCUGGUAGCUCAAGCUCAAGCUGGAGCCAGGAGAACACUGUGGCUACAGUUGCUCCGGCCGAAAUGAUCUCGACUGAGAUCUCCGUCCCCACGCCGUCUGCUACAGCCGAAAACAUACCAGUGAAGGCACCACGUAGUGGUUGCAAGGCCAAGAUGCGUUUGCGCUCACUGUAA